ACCAAAAAAUUCAAGAAAAAUAAUAAUAAAUCAUGAAACAUCAUAUUUUUUUUAUGUUUGUUCAAGUAAUAUUCACAGCUAGUUUGGGGUCUUCUGUCAAUAUAAAUCUGUUCAAAAAUUCUUCAAUUGGACCAUAUGAAUUGGAAUUCCAACAGGCUUAUAAUUGUAACCCUAAAAAACACAAUAAAAUCCAGCAUAAUAUGUAUGUAAGUAAAAGGGGCAAUAAAAUAAUGCUCUUUGGGAAUUCUACUCUCGAAGCACCUUUUGAUGACACAUUAUUCUUGGAAAUGAAAAUUGCUGAAAAAGAUUCAUUUGGGAGGUGGAAAGAAAAUACAUAUAUGCAGAAAAUACCAAAUGCUUGUUCAUCUAUGAAAAAAUUAUUGGGAAACAGUUGGACUGCAUUCAUGAAUGGUGCUGGAAGUCAAAAUACCAUUUGCCCAAUACUUCCGGGUAUUUAUAUAUCUCCAGGUCUCGAUCCGUUACUUUUUAAGGAAUCCAAUCUUCCCAAAUCAUUUUUUUAUGGAACGUACAAAGUAAAUGUAUAUUAUACUAAAAAUAACCAAAUAUUUGGCUGUCAAGCUUUUAUUAUUGAAGUUAAACGUUCUUGA